CGCAGGUUCUCUGUAGCCACUUCCCCGUCGGCUUGAUGACGUCAGCUUAGCUUGAGCCUGCUGGCGGGAAAACCCUGCAGUGUGAUCAGUCUGACUGAUCGAGGGGCGGGGCGAGCAGCGCGAAGCACGCUGGGAGACAGCAGGACAUCAUCUCACUGUAAGUACUGUGAGAACUGAACUAUGUGUCACCUUCAUAAUAUAUCCAGCUAUCCCACUCCCAUAAUAUAUCCAGCUAUCCCAUUGCCAUAAUAUAUCCAGCUAUCCCACUCCCAUAAUAUAUCCAGCUAUCCCAUUGCCAUAAUAUAUCCAGCUAUCCCAUUCCCAUAUUAUAUCAAUCUAUCCCAUUCCCAUAUUAUAUCCAGCUAUCCCACUCCCAUAAUAUAUCCAGCUAUCCCACUCCCAUAAUAUAUCCAGCUAUCCCAUUCCCAUAAUAUAUCCAGCUAUCCCACUCCCAUAUUAUAUCCAGCUAUCCCACUCCCAUAAUAUAUCCAGCUAUCCCACUCCCAUAAUAUAUCCAGCUAUCCCACUCCCAUAUUAUAUCCAGCUAUCCCACUCCCAUAUUAUAUCCAGCUAUCCCACUCCCAUAAUAUAUCCAGCUAUCCCACUCCCAUAAUAUAUCCAGCUAUCCCAUUGCCAUAAUAUAUCAAGCUAUCCCACUCCCAUAAUAUAUCCAGCUAUCCCAUUCCCAUAUUGUAUCCAGCUAUCCCACUCCCAUAAUAUAUCCAGCUAUCCCAUUCCCAUAUUGUAUCCAGCUAUCCCACUCCCAUAAUAUAUCCAGCUAUCCCAUUCCCAUAAUAUAUCCAGCUAUCCCACUCCCAUAAUAUAUCCAGCUAUCCCAUUGCCAUAAUAUAUCCAGCUAUCCCAUUCCCAUAUUAUAUCAAGCUAUCCCACUCCCAUAAUAUAUCCAGCUAUCCCAUUGCCAUAAUAUAUCCAGCUAUCCCACUCCCAUAAUAUAUCCAGCUAUCCCAUUGCCAUAAUAUAUCCAGCUAUCCCAUUCCCAUAUUAUAUCAAGCUAUCCCAUUCCCAUAUUAUAUCAAGCUAUCCCACUCCCAUAAUAUAUCCAGCUAUCCCACUCCCAUAAUAUAUCCAGCUAUCCCAUUGCCAUAAUAUAUCAAGCUAUCCCACUCCCAUAAUAUAUCCAGCUAUCCCAUUCCCAUAUUGUAUCCAGCUAUCCCACUCCCAUAAUAUAUCCAGCUAUCCCAUUCCCAUAUUGUAUCCAGCUAUCCCACUCCCAUAAUAUAUCCAGCUAUCCCAUUCCCAUAAUAUAUCCAGCUAUCCCACUCCCAUAAUAUAUCCAGCUAUCCCAUUGCCAUAAUAUAUCCAGCUAUCCCAUUCCCAUAUUAUAUCCAGCUAUCCCAUUCCCAUAUUAUAUCCAGCUAUCCCACUCCCAUAAUAUAUCCAGCUAUCCCACUCCCAUAAUAUAUCCAGCUAUCCCAUUCCCAUAUUGUAUCCAGCUAUCCCACUCCCAUAAUAUAUCCAGCUAUCCCAUUCCCAUAAUAUAUCCAGCUAUCCCACUCCCAUAAUAUAUCCAGCUAUCCCAUUGCCAUAAUAUAUCCAGCUAUCCCAUUCCCAUAUUAUAUCAAGCUAUCCCAUUCCCAUAUUAUAUCAAGCUAUCCCACUCCCAUAAUAUAUCCAGCUAUCCCAUUCCCAUAAUAUAUCCAGCUAUCCCACUCCCAUAAUAUAUCCAGCUAUCCCAUUCCCAUAAUAUAUCCAGCUAUCCCACCUACAUAUAUCCAGCUAUCCGGCCCUACAUAUAUCCAGGUAUCCCAUUCUAUGGCUAUAUCAAGCUAUCCCACUCCCAGCAAUAUAUAUCCAGCACACCUACAAUAUAAUUCAGCUAUCCCAUUCCCAUAUAUUGUAUCCAGCUAUCUCACUUCCCAUAUUGUAAUAAGUUUAUCCUGCUCUAUUGUAUCCAGCUAUCUCCAUUCCUAUAUAUUGUAUCAAGCUAUCCUACUCCCAUAUUGUAUCAAGCUAUCCUACCUCUAUAAUAUAUCCAGCGUCUCAUCUCCUAUAUAUUGUAUCCAGCUAUCCUACUCUAUAUUGUAUCGUUUAUCUCAAGUUUCUAGUUGUUGUAUCCAGCUAUCCCAUUCCCAUAUUAUAUCUAAAGCAUCCCACUCUAUAUUCAAGCUAUCCCGUUCCCAUAUUGUAUCUAGCUAUCUCCAUUCCAUAUUGUAUCAAGCUAUCCCACUCCCAUAUUGUAUCAAGCUUAUCUCAUUCCUAUAUUGUAUCAAGCUAUCCUAUUCCCAUAUUGUAUCAAGCUAUCCUACUCCUAUAUUGUACUGUAAGCUAUAUAUUGUAUCAAGCGCCCCAUAUUGUAUCGUAUCCUGCUCUAUAUUGUAUCAAGCUUAUCCUAUAUUGUUCCUUGCUCCAUAUUGUAUCAAGCUUAUCCUGCUCCCAUAUUGUAUCAAGCGAUCCCUCUAUAUUGUUCCCAUAUUGUAUCAAGCGAUCCCGUUCCCAUAUUGUAUCAAGCGAUCCCGUUCCCAUAUUGUAUCAAAGGUAACAUCUAUAGUCACCUAAAUUACUUUAGCUAAAUAAAGCAGUUUUAGUGUAUAGAUCAUUCCCAUGUAAUUUCACUGCUCGGUUCACUGUCAUUUAGGCUAUGAUUGACAGAGCCUGCGUGAAAAAAAAAAACUAGAUUCAUUUUCAAACAGACUUAAUUUACCUUAAAUAAUUGUAUCUCAAUCUCUAAAUUGAACUUUAAUCACAUGCAGGAGGCUCUUGCAGGGUCUAGCAAGCUAUUAACAUAGCAGGGGAUAAGAAAAUCUUAAACGGAACUUGCAAUAAAGAAAGCCUAAAUAGGGCUCUCUUUACAGGAAGUGCUUAUGGAAAGCUGUGCAAGUCACAUGCAGGGAGUUGUGAUUGGGGUUCAUAAACAAAGGGAUUUAACUCCUAAAUGGCAGAGGAUUGACCAGUGAGGCUGCAUGGGUAUGUUCUAUACACCAAAACUGCUUCAUUAAGCUAAAGUUGUUCAGGUGACUAUAAUGUCCCUUUAAGUUAUUCCAGCAUUCUGUAUUCCAGCUACUCCUUGAUGACAGUCCCAGGGGGAACCGAAAUGUCAACUUUAUUUACUUUUUAAUAGAAUAGUGUAAUAAACAGAAUAUUGCAUUUAAAGACCCAGAGUGCUGAUAUGUGUAAAUAGAAAUAGCUUGCACAUACGUUCUUUAAAUUAAAAUUCUCUGCUUUAUUGAAGAAAACUUUAAAAGUUGCAGAUCAACGUUUCAGGACUUUCCUCAGGAUCAUAAAAUAUAUACUAUUAGUAAGGAUAUAUUUGUUAAUAUGAUAAUAGUUGAACACUUCAACCCUCGGUCAGGCACAAUGUGAAUAAGAACAGGAUCGGGCGCAUUGUGCCUAAUAGGCCACUUUUACAAUACAAACUUUACUCAAAUAAAAUCAUGUUUAUUAUUCCAUUUGCUCUACAACAUUGGCGAAAGCCAUUUCUGAGCAUUUAUUACAAUACAAAGUAGCAUGUUCCAUACAUAAUUCACAUUUACAAAACAACAAACGUUGGCUGUGCCUGUUGGAUCAGUUGCACCUGACCGAGGGUUAAACAUAUGGUGUGCUCUAAAUGUUUCAGAUCGUCAUUGCCUGUGUUUGGGUAACCUUGUAUUUCCUUACAAUUACUCUAUAUCAUUGGUUAGAACGACAGGCCAAAUUUGUUGGAUGAUUUUUUUUUCCAGGAAAAAUAUACUGUUUGUGUCUCUUGUUUUCAAAAUUGUUACACAUUUAAACAGAAAAAUAUGCAAGUGAGUAGUAUACCAGUGAUUGAUUAAAUUUUUAUUGUACAUACAAAGAUGAAGGUAUUUUAAGACUGGUAAUACCUAAGCUUAAUGUGGCGCUCAUUUCACUCUUUCAUGGAUGCUAAAUUCUUUCUGAGUUACUAUCAGUUCUUUAAAGAACCAUCUAAUACAGGGGUUCAUAACGUUAGUCCUCAGGACCCCCUACCAGUCCAUGGUUUAGGGAUUACCUGGGUGUGUCUAAGGUGUUUAGAAAAUGGGGGGAAAAAAACACCUUAGAGUCUAAGGUGGUUUUUUUUCCCCCUUUUUCUAAACACCUUAGACACACCCAGGUAAUCCCCAAAUCCUGGACUGGUAGUGGGUCCCGAGGACUGGGUUGAGAACCCCUGAUCUAAUACAUGCUAAGUGUCAGCACAUUGACUUCUUGUCACUCUACAAAAAAGUAUCACUGGCUAUUUAAAAAAAUUGCUUCUCUGAAUUCCAAUCUGGAGUCAGUGUUUGCUUAACCAUUCCAGUUAAAAAAUAUAAAAAAGAAAAUCCAAAUCUAAAAAUAUUUAAAUGCUAAAAUCCUUUAUUUUGGGUGCAUAUAACAAAACAUGUCAUUUUGGUUACGUUUUUCAACAAUGGUCACUUUUUCACACGAUGAGAUUUUACUUCCCAGCCAAUCUAUUUUAAAUGUAGUUUUGCAAGCUUGUUGUCAGCUCAUCACAGCUCGCCACAUAUCAGUGUUUAGUGAAUGGGUAUCUUUCUAGUUUUUCCUAUUGUAGGCAUUUUACAUAACUUUACAAAAUUCAAAACAUUGUUAACUCUUCACAUGCCAUGGUUCUGGAAGAGAAAAGAGCCAUUGUCAUAAUAAAAGAUAAAGGAAUGGUUUAUUUAAAGUACAAUGUACAUAUUUUGUUUGCAACAUAAUAAACAAUAAUUUUCAUCAUGAGACCUAUGUAGAGAAGCUUUGCUUUAUUUCCUUUUGUUACUGUGUUUUGCAUUGAGUGUAUAUUUCCAUUAAGUGUACACACCCAGGACUUUUUAAAGUAAAUCAGUUUUGCAGCUUUAUGCAAUUGAAACCGACUAUUGUACUUCGGUUCCUUUUGGAGAACUUUUUAUGCAUUAUUUAUGGAAUAUUUAUAGCGACCACUUUUUGUGCAGUUAAAAUUAUGGUGUGUUGUUUUUUCCCUCCUUCAUUGCCUACAGAAACCAUGACAAGGUAUUACACACGGAUUAAACGUCGCAGACAGUACAGCUGGUUUGGAAUACCCCUGAACAAGAACAGAAAAGUACAGAACGUUCAAUAUGGGUAAAUGCCUCCAAAGUAAUAUGUAUAUCUGCAUUGUAUAUGAAUAUAUCAUAGAGUUCUUCAAUGGCUCUAUCAUAUUGUUGUUCCUGCUGUUUAGAAUGAAUUCACAAAAAUUUGAAGUCUAGCAAAUAACCCUGAUAGUAAUAUGUGAUAGAGUUUAGAUUAGAGCAAAAUCUAUCACAAGCAUUGCAGAGCUUCAUGGCAAUUAAGCCUUAAUCCUUUACUGUAUGUUGUAUGCUUAAAUAUUCUGCGAUGUGUUUUUAGGGGACUUUCUAUCAAGUCAGAUGCUAGUGAGGAAGUCACUGUAACCCCAGGAGAGUUUGUUCUAAUAGAAGGUGAUGAUGAAGAAAGGCCUUUCGUAGCAAAACUUAAAGAACUCUAUGAUGACGGUAAGAAAUGUUAUUUAAGUAUAUUGCGUACUUUGUGUUAUGUUAUAGGCUAAUGUCUAGUGUUUAUUUUUGUUCUUUUAUUCUAGGUUCUACCAGUGGUUCGAAUAAACAUGCCACAGUACAGUGGUUUUUGCGCUAUGAAGAGGUUCCUUAUAGGAAGAGGAAAAUGCUUGGGAGAGAUCCUGAUCCACGAGAAAUCUUCCUCUAUGAUGUUUCUUGUGAGAAUGACAUUGAUGCAGAAACUAUUAUUGGAACAGUUCAGGUAAAAUCACUCAGCAGUUUGGCUUUGCCCUGUUUUUUAAUAUGCAUUCUUUCAAAAAUGAUUUCCAGUACCAAUCAGUCAUUCACGGUUUCUUUUCUGGUGUUUUAAGAAAUCAUGUUUAACAGUGAUCAUUGUUUAUCUGCAUAAGAGUAGAAGAAAUUCGGGACGUGGUUUGCAGCCGGAGCAAGAUGGAUGUUUCCAAGUGAAGCUCCACUGGAACCACGAGGCCAAUAGCUAACUUCAGCGAUUAAACACUAACCUAAGCUGGGGAAUCCACAGGGGAACCGACAUGGAUAAAUGUGCUCCGAAGAAACAGCCUAAAAAGCCGGCGGAACAGGGCACCACAGUGUCCGACAUGUUCGCGCCGUCCAAUUCUAAAGCCACUACUCCCUGAGGUGCCAGAACACCAGUGGCACAUUGAAAGGGCCCAAAGGGCGCUCCGGCAGAAACGGGCAGAGGAUAAGCGCCCUAGAGACAUUAUCAUCAAAUUCCUUUACUUUCAGAAGAAGGAAGCGCUCAUGAAGUGUAGCUGUGAGGGCCCAAUCAAAUAUGGAGAAGUUGAACUUGCACUGUUUCAGGAUUUAACACCAGCGACUCUACAGAAACCGAGAUUGUGGCGUCCGGUGACGGUACUUUUGCAGAAGCACAGGGUGAGGUACGCGUGGGGCUUUCCUUUUCGGCUACUAGCGUUCCAGGACGGGCGCACUAAGACCCACGUAGAUGGCGAUCCUGUGGAGUUCCUACGGAGCCUAGGGAUCCAGGACCCCAUUGAGAUGACGGCGCUUCCCCCAGUGGUGGAGGAGCUCCAACCCCUCCCGCGUGAGUGGUAUGAGGCCCGUGUAGAUUGACUAGCCCGGGCGUGCCUGCGACUAGCGGUGAGGUGAUCCCGAUCGGAGCGGAUGCAGGGACGGUUAUGUGAGCAGAUAUUGGGUGAGCUGAUGUUGGGGCCCAGUUCCACCCAGGGGUAACCCUACAGGGCGGGGUACUCUGGUACAGCCGGGGGAGAUUAUAGUGAUCGGCCUCAGUGUAAGCAGGUGGGGAGAUUCAGGGGUAUGUCACCCCAUGUUGGGUAAUCUAGGGGUGCGAUGUCCUGCUGCCUGUUUUGGGUGGUGAGGAUUGGGGGUCUCUGGGCACUGCAAUGUUCAUCUUUUUUGGUAUCGAAGCGAGAUGUGGGGGUCCCUCCCUGUCGCCCCCUUGUUUGGGGGCUUAGGAGGUUCAUGCUGACUUGGACUCCUCACUUCCUAUGCCCAGUAAUAUAUAUUUCUAUGUUCAGUGUAUCACAGUAAUUUUCAUAUUCAUAACUGUAUAGGUUGGGAAUUGGCUGGUAAUCAUGUUUGACUAAUGUUUGACCUAAUGAUCGUGCUUGAUUGUUGCCGCGUGAGUGGGAGACCGUGUCAAUACCCACGGUCUGGCCUAAGUUUAGCACUGCACACUCAGAGUGGAACUCCGCUGAUUGGCCGACGCGUCCUCCGAUGGGGGAUGGAGCUGCAGGGGCCUUGUCCUGGGGAGGUACAGGGCUGGGGCUGGGUGUCUGACCCUUCGGUAUCAGCUUCUUUUUUGGUUCUCGGAGGGUGGGGGGAGGUGGCCGGACUCAGCUCCGGCUACUAUACCAAGGGAGGCCUCUGGGGGGAGAGAUCCUUUUGGGGUCUAAAGGUGGGCGACAGGCGGGCCCUCUUGAGACGCCGUGGGUGGGUCGUAAAGCGCUCCCUCCCUUACAGGGUGUACCCGCCCGUAAAUACCUGGUUGUCUCUGUAUUUACUGCAUAUAAUUUUGACUGUAAUGUGAGCUCUGAAUAGGAUUAGUUACCAUGCUAUUAGCCUACUAUUGGUGCCUAGGGCUCAGAUCCGCAGCGAACAGCGUGCUGGCGGACCUUGCUGUUAGACGUUAACUGGAACUGCUGCCAGUAUUACAUACGGUCACAAAGUUGCUAUUUAAGCCGUUUAGCAUUGAAGGGGUCAAAAAAAAAGGGAGGUUAUAAAACAAAAAAAAAUUUAAAUUUCAUGCAUACAACAAAUAGUUGUAGAUAACUGGUGUUUAUACUGUAUAAUUAAUCGCACUCUGCAAGGCUGCUACUACUGCCUUAUUUGCGAGUUAUAGCCACACAGGUUAUAGUGUUUCUUCAUUUAGUUUCAGUUGGCACUUAAAUAGUGCCCACAUUGGCUGGCCCAUGUCCCUUACACCCCAGGGCUCUUUUGAAGUACUGGGGCAGAUGGGACAUUUACCCCAAUCGUGCCUGGCUAGAGGUAAGACCAGGCGAUUUUUGUACAAAGUUUUUUUUUUUUUAAUUGUUUUUAUUCCUUCUUUUCUAUCCUAGUUCCCCUCUAUCCCUUCUUCUUUCUACCUUUACCCAUUCCUUACCUCCUCUGGGUUGGGCAGGGGUGGUGGUCGAGGGAAGCCCUGGAAUCUGGACUAGUAACAGACUUGACAGGAUGUCAAACUAUAGAGGUGCACCACAGACUAAGACAUGAAUGCUAAACUAGUAUCUCUUAAUGUUAAGGGCUUGAACGCCCCUAAGAAAAGACGGCUUAUGUUUAGGGAACGUAAGCGUAUGAAUCCGGAUAUAGCCUUCAUACAGGAGACGCACUUGAUUUAAUCGGCCAAGUUCGCUCUUAGAGACCACACCUAUAGCACCACAUAUGAAUCGAGAGCCCUUAACAAGAGAAACGGAGUUGCCACCCUCAUACAUCAUAGAUGCCCGAUCAGAAUCAGCGAGGUUAGUAUCCGGGGGGGGGCGCUUUGUACUGGUGAAAGGAACCUUGUAUUCACACAUGAUCCAUAUUCUUAAUCUGUACGCUCCCAACAAUCCGUCCAAAGAAUUUUGGGCGGACCUCAUCCGCACUGUCAACGCACUCCCGCACAGAAUGGUGAUAGUGGGAGGUGAUUUUAACGCAGCUCUGUCCCCAGUAGUUGAUAGGGGGCCCUGUAAAGGAGUCCCCUGGUCCCACAGGAGAGGCGGACCAGACAAACUAUUGCACACAUUCAUGCAACAGUCAGGCCUUAUAGAUAUUUGGAGAGCUCAACAUCCGGACGAGAAUGACUAUACGUUUUAUUCACCGCUACACAUUCCAGAAUAGACCUAUUUCUUGUAAAACCCCCAACUGUUUCCAUUGUUUCGGAGUCCACAGUGGGUUCCAUAACUUGGUCGGACCAUGCGGAAUGUCUCUAUUACUUUAGACAAACUAAGUGCGGCGACACCGUGGUCGUGGCGGCUGAAUAGCUCGCUACUGCAGGAUUCGGAAAUAGUUGAGACUAUUCCUAGAGAGUUGAACGAAUACUCUCUCAGGGAGGCAGCAUCGGGGGUAUCAAAAGCUGUAAUAUGGGCAGCGCAUAAGUCUGUCAUUAGAGGUAUACUGAUCAGAGAAGCGACACUAAAGAAACGUCGAAAAUCUCAAUUAUUGGCAUCUCAGUUAGAAGCUUUAAGAACGGCAGAACAGCGGCAUAAGUCAGACCCUACACCUACCAAUUUGCAGGCGGUACAAGAAGUAAGGCAUGCUAUCUGGGAAACGCUCCUAGAUGACACCGCGAGAGCUAUAGUGUGGUCAAAGCGGACCUUCUAUGAAAAGGCCAAUAAAAUGGAUACCUUGUUGGCAAGAUCCCUUAGACCACCACAACGGAACACACACAUCACAAAGAUCAAGAAUACUGCGGGAGUCUAUCAGACGAAUACCACAGAGGUUGCCAAAGUGUGUACAGGUUUUUACACCGAACUAUAUAACCACUCAAGAGGUGCAGUCACGAACCCACAACGGAAACUGGAUGGGAUACGAGAUUUCCUCUCUCGGAUACCUCUCCCAAAACUGGGUGAGGCGGAUGUGGCAACACUCGGGAAUCAGAUUUCAGUGGAGGAAAUAGAUGCAGCAAUUUCGGCCCUGAAAAGGCACCUGGCCCAGAUGGCUUCGACGGAAGCUACUAUAAGAUAUUUAGAGAGGAACUCCUGCCCCACCUUGAACUGUGGUUCAACGACCUUCAGGAUGGGGGGAUCCCAGACUGAGAUAUGUCACUAGCGAAUAUAGUCUUAUUGCCCAAACCUGGGAAAGAUGACUCAAUCCCAGAGAAUUUUCGCCCAAUAUCAUUAAUCAUGAUUCCAAAAUCUUAGCAAAGUUGUUAGUGAUCAGUCUGAACCCAAUUCUCACUAGCCUGGUCCACCCAGACCAGGUGGGCUUCGUACCGGGUAGGCAACUGUUCGAGAAUACGAGACCCAACAUUGAUCUUAUAGGGAGACAAAGGCUGCAAACGCCGACGUUGAUGCUGUCACUAGACGCCGAAAAGGCGUUUGACAGAGUCAAAUGGCCGUAUCUAUUUGAGAUGUUACACCAUUUCGGCAUGCCGGCCCGGUUUAUCACGAUAAUCAUAGCCUUAUACGCCAACAUCAGGGAACAGGUCAGGAUAACAGGAGCGCAAUCCAUCCCUUUCCCAUUGAGCAACGGUACGAGACAGGGUUGCCAUCUUUCACCGUUGCUGUUUGUCCUAUCAUUAGAACCCCUCAGGCCUCUCUCAUGGGAGGCAGCAGCAACAUCAAAUAAGACCUUGUUUCGGUGGUUUACCACCCCAGUGACGCUGUGCCGCAUGCGUAAAAACCCAACAGACUUGUGCUGCAGGGGCUGCGGACAUAAGGGUGCGUAUAUUCAUAUGUGGUGGGAAUGUCUAGUGGUGCAGAUAUACUGGAAAUGGAUCGCAGCAUUGUUGUGAGAAGUGUUCAGCAGGGAGGUGAAGCUAGACCCAUGGGUGUUCCUAUUGUCAAGAUCCAUGGAUGAUUGGACAAGAACGGAACAAAACCUCCUUCACAAAAUAAACCUCGCCGCAAGACGAGCCCUAGCACAGGUUUGGCUACAGAGGAACACUCCUACGAUAGCAAUAAUAAAAUAUAAAAUAAAGGAUACCUUUUUAAUGGACAAAUUGACAGCUCAGGUCAGAGGGACUACGAAGAAAUUUGAAAAAAUCUGGGACCAUUGGAUCAAUAGUACAGGAAGUAAUAAAAAAAGCAGACUGGACCAAACACAUAAACCAUACAACCGCACCACACAGGGCACUGAAGAGACAAGUUACAGACCGCUUCACCUAAGCCCAUCUCUCUUUGAGGGAAACUUAGGGGAUGCUUAGGAUAGAUGAAGUCAGUAAGGCAAUGCAAUCCUUGCGACACUUAUCAUUGGGCGGCUCCCCCUGGACUCCUCCUCCCACCUCCCCCCUUAUUCAUUCUUCCCAUGCUCACCCCUAACUACUUCUCUCUACUUCCUCGGACUCUCGAGGACGCUCUUUCUUUUUCUGGUUCCAAUCUUUUGAACCAUCUUUCAUUUUCCUUACAAUUGUAAGAUCGUGCAUAACGGGACUAUCAAGGGCAUACAGUAAAGCUAGAGAAGCAAGUGCAAAUAUGUAUAGUACCCCUAACUGUUCUCAGUGCAAGCUACAGCAUGGUAGUUACAUGUUUUAUUUUACUACGCAAACACCAAGUGGGAUGUCUUGAGAUCCUUAACCCCUUAACGCCGUUACGGCGUUCUAUGCCGUCCCGCAUUAAAUGGGCUUGAAAGCCGUUGCAGCGGCAUAGAACGCUGUAACGGCUUUCAGCCCCAGGAGGUAAGAUUUACUUACCUCUGCCGCAAUCCACUUCUGGAGUUCUUCCUGACAGCCCUGGCAGCCCUCCCACGGCAAAUGAGGCCGUGGAUCUGCCAGCAGGGGGACUGUCUGAAAUGUCAGUCCCCCUGCUGGUGGGAAGUAUUAAAAAUAAAAUAUAAAGUAAACAUGUUAAAAUAAAUUGUGUGUGUAUAUAUGUGUGUGUGUGUGUGUGUGUGUGUGUGUAUAUAUAUAUAUAUAUAUAUAUAUGUAUGUGUGUGUGUGUGUGUGUGUGUAUGUAUAUAUAUAUAUAUAUAUAUAUAUAUAUAUAUAUAGUGUGUGUGUGUAACGUCAUACAUAAUGUAGUUUUAAUAAUAUAAGUACAUAUAUUAGUAUUAAAAUACACUUAGAAUGACGUUACAUAUAUGAUAUAUAUUAUAUAUUACAUCUAUAUAUAUUUUAUUUAUACACGUAUAAUUACAAUAAUAAAUAAAAUAAUAAAAGAUUUUAAAAAAAAAUUUAAUUAUACAUAUGUAAUCUCAUUCUAACUGUAUUUUGUUAUUAAUAUACACAUUGGUAACAAAAUACACUUAGAAUGACAUUCUAUAUCUAUAUAUAUAAAAUACAAAUAACUGCAAAUAAAUAUAUAUAUAUAUAUAUCACUACAUAAGUGUACACGUCUUUAAAUACAUAUAUAUGUGUAUAUAUUAAAAUUCUUCGUGUAUAUUUAAGUAAUAUUUUAACAUAAUUAUGUGAUUUAAUUAGUUAAAAUUUGAUUGACAUGCCUGACAACCCAGGCAAAAAGUGCAGAGAAUUUGAAUUGCAAUCACUAUAUUUAACCCUGUAACUUUCCAAGACACCAUAAAACCUGUACAUGGGGGCUACUGUUUUACUCGGGAGACUUCGCUGAAAACAAAUAUUAGUGUUUCAAAAUAGUAACGUGUAUUACAACAAUGAUAUUUUUAGUAAAAGUGACGUUUUUUUGCAUUUUUGACACAUGAACGGCACUUUUACUGAUGAUAUUAUUGUUGUAAUGCAAGGUAUCAUUUUGAAACACUAUUUUUGUGUUCAGCAUAGUCUCCUGAGUAAAACCGUACCCCCCCAUGUACAGGUUUUAUGGUGUUUUGGAAAGUUAGUCAAAUAUAAGGCUUGCAUUUCAUUUUUUUUUUUCACAUUAAAAUUUGCCAGAUUGGUUAUGCUGGCUUUUGAGGCCGUAUGGUAGCCCAGGAAUAAGAAUUACCCCCAUGAUGACCUACCAUUUGCAAAAGUAGACAACCCAAGGUAUUGCAAACAGGGUAUGUCCAGUCAAUUUUAGUAGCCACUUGGUUACAAACACUGGCCAAAUAUUAUUUUUUUGCCUUUUUUCACACAAAAACAAAUAUGAACGCUAACUUCGGCCACUGUUUGUGACUAAGUGGCUACUACAAAAGACUGGACAUACCCCACUUGCAAAUGGUAUGCCGUCAUGGGGGUAGAUCUCAUUCCUGGACUUCCACACGGUCUCAAAGGUAACAUUACUAAUCUGGCAAAUUUCAGUGUGAAAAAACUGAAAAAUGGAAUGUGCUAUAUUUGACCCUUUAACUUUCCAAAACACAGUAAAAACUGGUAAUGGGGGGGUACUGCUGUACUCGUGAGACUUUGCUGAAUCCAAAUAUGUGCUUAUUUUGCAGUAAAAGCUAGCAGUAUUAUGACAUUUACAGCUAAAAAUGUAAGGCGUAACUAAAAAAAUUUAACAUUUCUCAGUUUUUUAUUUUAUUCAUAAUAAAUUGUUUUAUAUAUAAAUAUUUGAUAUUAAAUGAAAGCCCUGUUUCUCCUGAACAAAAUGAUAUAUAAUAAGUGUGGGUGCAUAUAAUAUGAAAGAGGUGAAUUACGGGUGAACAGACAUAUAGCGCAAAUUCCAGUUUUUGUUUACAUUUUGUUUUGAUCAGAACGUGUACUAUUGACUCCGUCCUGAAGGGGUUAAAGGAGUUAAUCACACCUUGGAAAAACCAGGCAAAAACGCAUUUCAUGAUUGCGAAUUCUGUAAUAUGUAAAAAUUAGAAUGUGCAUUCAUGCGGAUAAUGUUGCAAGCCGAAAACUGCUGCGUAUAUGCCUACUUUGAAAGUGUAUUGAUAUUGUUGUGUGUGCUAUGUAUAAGUUGUCCUGCUUUGGAACAAAUAAAGAAUAAAAAAAAAAAAAUAAAGAAUAGAAGAAAUUCAAUUGCUUUUGUAAGAGAAAAUAGUUUGUGCUUUUAACUUUAUGGUUAAACUGAAGUAUCAUCGUUGGAUACUAGCAUAUUUGGGCCUCACAAAAAUACUUGAACAAAAGAUUAUUUCUUUAGUUGAGUAAAAGAAAUAGUAUUCACCUUUUAAAAUAAAUUAGAAAAAAUAAUUCCAUAAAAACCCCUUAAGGUUCCUUUUUUUUUUUUUUUUGCAAACACCCACAUAUUAAAUCCUAAGCCUUUAUAUUUGCCCACUGCAGGAAGUCACCUGAACAGUAAGAAGCCUCAAAGUCUGAAGUGUUGGAUGUGUUUAACACUGCGUUACAAGGGUUAAAGUGAAGGGAAUGUAGCUGAUAGAGAUUUCAAACAUCUCUGCACAACCCUGGUUCUGCUCCGAGCAGAGGUUUCUGGGAAUUGGUCAGUUAUUAGCUAAUUACUUUUGAAAUACAAAUCAAAGAACGAUUUGAUGGGCUUCCUUAUGACCUGUAUAAUUUUUAUUUCACACUGCAGUUUGGGAGUUGGGGACAGUAAAGGAGAUUUCAGUAGGUUCGUUAACUAAUGGGAAGAAAGGCAAUGAGUUUAAGUUGCAGAAUGCUGCAAAAUAUAAAUUUAUUGGCCAUGCAAACGUUAGACCGAAUGCUAUAAAAUUUAAAAAGUAGUAGUUGUGGUUGGAGCUUCCCUUUAAAAACACAAAGGGCAAAAACAUAAGCAGGUCACUGUGAUUAAACAUUCAAAUCUAAAAUACACAGAUAAAACUCGACUUUUGAAGUUUUAUUUCAGGUAUCACAGCUGAACGUGGAGGAACCAUUUCCUACUCAGAAGAGCCCAGUACCUGUUCUCUUCUUUAAGUUGUCUUGGGAUGGUAAAGCGUUCAGAGCCUUAACAUCUAGCAUAUGCAUGGGAGAUGAAAAGCAAACUGGAAUAAAUGUAGCCAUAUCUCUGAAAUCCAUACCAAAGCCACAGUUCUACCCUCUGGAGGGAGAUGUUGCUGAGACACGUCAAAUCACUCGAAGUUCCUCUAAGCCACAAAGAAAUGAAACAGAAGUAGAGUCCGUGCAUUCAGCCUCUAAGAGCUCUCAUUCCAAGGACCGAAGGGCUCAACGAGCUUCCAGCACAUCCAGCACCCCUGGAGCCAGGAAAAAACUGCAACUCAACAGUAAGAUAUUACUCUAUUAAUGGUCUGAAUAAUGUAAUAGAAAAUUCAUGGAGGAAUGUGCAAAAUUUUAUUCCAGCAACAGAACAACCAAAUCCAGAAUUUAUUGUUGCAUGAGCAAUGAAAUGGAGGAAUUUAGUCUUGUGUUUAAAUUAGUGUCUAUCCGGUUCAAAUGAUUAAACUUUAUGGGGAGGUUUAUCCAAAUGCCAUGUUUUGAGACGUGGCACAGUCUGUUGGCGAUUAUUCCCUUUUUGUCAACGUUGCACCACUUUUGAGUUCAUGCCACUGUAAUGUACUCACUGUCUUUUGAGUAAUUCCGCUUCCUUAAAUUUUUGUAUUUCUGGAGGAAAAAUGUGGAGUAACAAACAUUACAGAAAAAGUGCAAAAUACACUAUAAAAAAGUAUGUGUUAAAAUGGCAUUCAGCGUACCAUAAUCUUUUUCAAAUCUUUACUGUUAAAACGUAAAAAAAAAAAGUAAGCACCACAUGUGUUUGUAUCUAUUAUAUGAAAGCUUGUGUUAGCUGUCGUGGCAUCUCAAGCAUAUGUGUAACGCAAAAGCACAACAAAAAUAAAGAAUUUUUUUUUUUUUUAAAGUACGCAAAUUAUGCCAAAUACACUAAAGAAAAUGUAAAUAUAUUUACGUAACUUGAAGGAUGUUUUCAUCUUCAGGUCCAACAAAGUCUUCAAAUGCCAAGCCAAUUCACCUGGAUGUUUUGAUUGAUGAUGAAUUGAAGGUUCUUGAACCCACUGCUCCCAAGAGAAAGGUUGCAUUUAGUGGAUUGCCCGACUCCCCACCAAAAAGGGCCCUUUCCGAAGAUACAUCCAAGAUUAUUAUGCCAUUAAAAACCAACCAGGAAGGACAAAAACUAAGCCUCGGUGUGAGACUUACACCACUAAAGCACGCAUUAAAUGAGGAACAAGGGGCUGAUAAAGUUAUGUAAGUAUGAAUAUUAAUGACUCCUAAAAAAAAAAAACUCAAGUCCAAUGCAUUUUAUUUAUUUAUUUAAAUUUUGUACUUCUAUUUUUUUUCUUCAGAUAAUUUAAGAUACUAGUUUAUUAGAGGCGGCGUUUGCUUUUUUUUAUGUUUAAUGUAUUAAUUAACCCCUUAAGGACACAUGAUGGAAAUAUUCCAUCAUGAUUCCCUUUUAUUCCAGAAGUUGUAUCCUUAAGGGAUUAAGCUGAACUUUCCAGUCUAUUUUAGAAGGCUGCAUGGUGGCUAACCCUGUUUUAGGGAUUAUCCUUUUAUAUCAAAUAAUUUGAAUAUGUCAAACAGUCUUAUAAGGCUGUGGGUUUAUAGAUAGAAGCUGCUUGCGCCCUCUGCUGGUUUGUCACUCUUUGUUUCUAUUUUUUCAUUUUUUAUUUUAUUUUUUUUUUUAAAGACCAUUUAUUACCUUCUGACACCUGUGUGCUGUCAUGUUUCAUAAUGUCCUAGAUUUGGAAUCUGUUUGAGAAUAAAACAUGUUGUUUUUUUUAAUUUUCUCUUAGGGGUACAGAUAUGGAUGGAAUUACCAGGAUUACGCGGUCUAAGACACCACAGAAGGUGCUAUCAACACAAGAACAAUGUUUGCCCCAGCUUUCUAAAAGGUAGACUGCGAUUUCUGGGGAAUUUUUUUUUUUAUUAUUUUAUUUAUUUUUUUUUUUAAUUAGAAGUAGAUCUGUAUGAGAACAAUAAGUGAAAUGAUGGCUUUAGGAAAUGUGUUGAUGCUUAACCAUCAAUGAAGUUCAGUAUUUAGAAAAUGAUUUGUAGUUGUUAAAUGUUGUCUGUCAAUUAAUUUUUAGUUAAUUUAAAGUAAAUUAAUAGGUGUGUAAAACUCCACCCUGAUAAUUGAGCAGUUUUACAGCUAUAUCUCUGGUUGUUUUGCCCUGUGUCUACUAGACUUGGCAGCCGCCAACAUUUUUCUUUUGUCGUAGAGCAUUGAAAUGGGUCAUGAUCCUGGAGGUAUGUUUUCAAGAUGAUGUCACUUGAGAAAGAGGUUGUGGCAGUGCAGAAGCAGACUUGGUGCUCAAGAUUCUUCCACACAGAAUCAUUGAAUACAAUGAUUCUCUAUGGCAGACCGUGACGUUGCGGUAUGUUACGGAAAUGAGAGCUGGGAAAAAAGAUUCCAGGCUCUCAUACCCAAGGGGCUUGGAGGCGUGUAUUGAAGCUACGCUCCCAUGCCUUCUAAUUCGUGAAAUAAAAAGUUUGGGGGCAGAACUGCAGUCACUAUAAUAAUUUCAAUAAGAGGAAGUUGUUAAAGUGCCAACAGUGUUCCUUUAACCUGUGCUUCAAAUGGUUUUUGAACUACAGUUCCCACAAUGUUCCGAUUUCAUUAAACAUGACCAUGUAUCGUGGGGAAAUUUAGUUCAGAAGAGUUUAAGAACUAAAGUUUCCAUUAAUGGCGUGGUGUGAUUUCCGACUGCUUGUCUCUUCUGGCUGCAUGCCAUAAACUGGCUGCUAUGUCUAGACCUAAACUUGACUGUAUGUUUCCAGACAUGUAUAAACUGAACAUGUGCCCUUCUGCUUUAUCCGUUCUAUAACAUUUUCUGCGCUUUUUCUGUAUUCUCCCCUAUGUAGGUUAGGAGAACAGAAGGAUAACGACACUCCACGUUCUCGGAGAAAAUCUGCUCAUGAAAGUUCCAUCCGAAUCCGUAAACAGCUAAAGUAAGAAUCACUCAUUGUUUAUUGCAAAGAGGGUUUUAGAUACUAUUGUAAUACAGUUUGUGGUCUAUAGGUUUGCUAAAAAUCUAUGGUGGCCUUUAAAAAAAAAAAAAAUAUAUAUAUAUAUAUUUUUUUAUAUUAAUCUGCACGUCAUUGAAAGUUUGUUGUAACCUGUACUGCGUGUAUGUUUAGUGAAAUGGCAAACCGUGAUGGAGGAGACCAUGAUGAGGAUGAUGACUUUGUCCCUAUUGAAGAAAAGUGUGUGUUAAUUAGCAGUGGUGAGAGUGAGGAGGAGGACAAGGAUGAGACAACUUCUCCCAAAAGAUCAAGAACACGGAGAACAGUACCCAGAACACCAACUUCAUCCCGAAAACCGCCUGCAAGGACCCCAAAUAAAACGGUAAGCUUUCUUGCACGGUCCAGUUCUUCUGUUUAAUGCUUUAUGGUUAAAAGCAAAAAUUUGUUCUUAUUUGCUGUAGAGCCCCCAAGUCUUUGCAGCUUCUGCCAGGAGCACAUCCCAAAUUAUGAAUUGACAGUCAUUCAUUUGUGUUUAAAAUUAUAGAAUAGUGCUUCAUAGGCACAGCAAGGUUUUCAUGGGAGUUGUAGUCCAGUUGUCAGCUGAACUAUAAAUCCCAGGUUGAGGGGAAGAGUCGGGAAUAAGAGACCUAAGAAACAUACAAGUUUAAUAUAAAAAAAAAAAACACUGCCACACAACAGAAAUCUUGGGUUUGUACUUGAAUAUUAAGACCUCUUAAAAGCUACACAAUCCCCAUAAAGCAUGGGGAUGGAGAAGAACCCAAUUGCUUAGCCAAUUCUAUCAGCCUCACACCAAUACACAACUUGUUUGUGGCCACUAGCAAGCACUGUCCCAUCACAGAAAGUCAAAUGAGUCAUUUAAGGGUAGAUAUCUGGCAGCACAGCUUAAAAUGUCAAAUCCUACACUACUAGCCAGGCCUUAAUAGUUACUGUCAAUGAUACACUUAGUAUGGCUGAAUUUUCAUUUGGCAAUGGUUAGUGGUGAUUAGAAAUUGUGAUCAGAGUCUGGCAGCAAACUCCAUAACAUUAUAACACCUUGUACACUGGAUACAAGCUGAAAGUUCCCUAAGGGUAAAGGGUUCUGAUUUCAUCCAGAAUUGUACCCUCCAGAUACUGUUCAGGAUAAACUGACACAACCUGUCUAUACAAAAAAGUUAUCAGUUUAAAGAGUGCUCCAAGCAUCUUUGCCAUUACAGCUUGCUGUAGCCGGGCUUUCAUUUUAAAAUGUUGGUAAGUUAACAAGGAAGUGAAAAACAGAUUUUGAGAUGCCUGGUGCUUACCCACAAUGUAAGGCUUCUUGUUAAACACACUAACCCUUGAAUACCUGCAUUGUUAUCAGAUGCCUGUCAACAAUGUUAGGUCUCUUGUACCUCUUUUUAGUGCUGAUAAUCAAGGAUUACUGUGCAUACAAGUGGCAUUUAGAGUUUAUAAUACAUGCAGUCUGUUGUAUUAAAUAAUAAAUGAUGAUGGCUUUCCUUUAGGGACAGCGCUCAUAGCCAUUUUAGUAAGCUGUAGCGGUUUUGGUACUUGCAGGGUCGAUUUAGUGGCUUUCUGCAUUUGUGUAACUGUUACAGGGUUAUCCCUGAUCUUCCACGGAUUUGCACUAAGUGCAGCUCAGAGAUGCCCUGUGGAAGAGGCCAAGGGAAGUCCGCAGGGUGAAGCUGAACAGAGGAACCACAGUGGCAUUAGAUUGGUAAAACAUAGCGAAAGAUUGUUAUAAAUGAAGCUUAAAAAUGAUAAAAGGCAUUAAAAUAUUAAGAGGGAGUUCCAUUCAGACAAUCUCAAACGAUUUAUAAAGUCUUUCUGAGGACUAUUGCGUUUCCUAUAAGUGGUGGCUGGGGACUUUUGCAGGCAAUAGUUUCAAAAAUGGAUUUAAAAAUGAAGUCUGUAGGCCAUAUUAUGGAAAUCUAUUGAAAAGGGAGCAGUGUAACCCAUGUGUGAAUACACUAAAUAUGGUCUCAUCCAGGAUAAUCCCUCACCAAAAUAACCAGUCUUCCACCAAAGGAAGCAAAGCUCAAGUCAGGACUAUGGAAACCAAAUUUUUUUUUUUUUAAAUCAUGCAUGUUCUAUAUGAAAUAAUCAUUCCAGCCUUAAAUGUUAUGUUAUGUGAGUUAUCACUUGACUGUUGCAUUUAGUUACACAGUCUGUCUGAUUUGUAUUUCCAGCCUGUAACCAGAACACCUCAUUCUGCAACUCCCAGAAUUCCAGAGAGGAACCAGCCUGUACAGACACCUGCCAAUGUUUUAGAAGAGGCCAGGAUUAGGUAAGAUCAGUGAAAUGCCAUUCUUUCAUAUUUUAGGUACGGUGUGCGUACGUUAUUAUGCAAAUCUAGUCUUUUCUGCAACUUAAUACAACCCAAAAAAAAGGACAAUAUUUUUAUAGCAAAUGUGAGAUUUAGUGAAAUGGUUCACUGACAGAUUUAUAAGAGAGCUGUAUUAUCGGAAUUUUUCUUUUGUGGCUGCAGCAUAUUUAUGCUCAUUCUCAGAAUGAAUCCACGGCAAAAGGCCUGUUGUAGACGGUCAGGCCACUGCAUCAGUAUAAUCCACCAGAAGUGAGUGGUACUUACAUUUUUCUCUUGCCAUUCUGGAGUUAAAAAAAAAAAAAGCUUUCUCUAAUUCCUCCUGUAUAGUUUUGUUUGAACCAGAAAUUAGAGAAAAGAACCCAGUAACUGAAAUUUGGUAUGUUAUUCUAAGAUGUCCUUAUUGGUUUGUGGGUACUAUUCAUCGUGCUUUAAAAAGAGGGAGAGAGUCACACAAACUCCCUGCCUCCUGGUCAUCCCACCGGCUUCUGUCCAUUUUAAAACCUUCAUUAUGUCUGCCUGCUGAAUUUUGAUCCUGCUCUCUGAACUUUAGACUGCUGCUUGCCUGUUGAUAAAUGAUGGUAAUAUCUCCAGCAUUGUUUUUUAUUUUAUAAUUUUUUUUCCUGUGUGCAGGCUCCAUGUCUCGGCUGUGCCAGAAUCUCUGCCCUGUAGAGAACAAGAGUUCCAAGAUGUGUAUAGUUUUGUGGAGAGCAAGCUGAUGGAUGGCACAGGGGGGUGAGUGAGAUCAAUAAGUGAAUAGAGUAAUGGUUUUUUUCCUAUGCCUACACCCAGGACAAUCUCAUACUAGCUGCUAGGAUAAGCUCAACAUGGUGGUUCUUAUAAACAGUCACUUCUGGAAUUUGGCUGCUGUUCCAGCUGUUUAUUCAAUGACUGAGUGUCAGCUCUGAGCCCAUGAAUGAAACUCACUGUGCAAGACGUAUGUACAAACUGACAUUAGCCCGCAUGGAACUCCAUUUCUUGGUUCGCUAGUGAAGGUUGGUGGAGGUGAAAUUACACCUCCGGCAGCAAUAUGAAACAUCUAGGGUUUUCAUACUGAAACACUGAAAAUGCAGGGUCAUAGCACAAUGACAACUUCAAAACAGUGAUUGUGGUUGUGAUUCUUUAAAUAGCAAUAUAAUAAUCUGCCUUUAAUUUACAAGAUUUUUAAACUCCUUCCCUUUCAUGGCCAGCUUUGCCUGAUCAGUUGAUGGUCAGAAAACAAAAAUGCUAUCUAAUAAUAGAUGGUGGGGCAAUGGUUCCUUGAAACAUUUUGUCUGCGAGUGGGUGCAUCUUGAGAAAUAUAGCAACCCAAACAGCCACAGCCUGUGUCACUAGGACUUACAGGGUUAUACACUAAAGUGAAUCUCAAAUUUAAGGUAGGUGAACUGGAAUCAACACUUAAAGAAUUUUUUGAGUUAGGCUGUUUUGACUUUUAAAUUAACUUUCUCACUUAUUGAAAAACCCUGUAAAUUCUCCCUUAAUAAUCAAGACCGCUAGAAUUCUUCAUUUAUACUACAUACCUUUUUUUUUAAUAUAUCUUUUAGGUGUAUGUACAUUUCAGGAGUCCCAGGUACAGGGAAAACUGCCACUGUGCACGAGGUAAUCCGUUGUCUGCAACGAGCUGUGGAAGAGGAAGAAACUUUACCCCCCUUCCAGUUCAUAGAAAUCAAUGGCAUGAAACUGACCGAUCCUCAUCAGGCUUUUGUGCAGAUUUUGAAGGUGAGACUUGUCAUGUACGGACAUAUUGCACUGUACUAUACGACAAAACUGCGUGGGGGCCAAAAGGGAUUAUAGAGGUACAAUAAGGCAAACGAUUCACAGAUACAGGUCUUUCAAUUACUACAAACUGGACAAUAUCAAAUUAUGUACAAAAUGAGCUGAGGAAAAGAAUAGCGGUGGGGGGCUGGGGAGAGGGAAAUAAGGAAGAAUAUAUUUUUAAAUAUUUAGUUUUGUUCUGGACUAAAUAUUGUCAAGCCAGGGAUCUAUAGCAUUAACAGUGGGUAGGUCAUGUAACCAACACAAACGUGGGACAUCUGGUCUCCUGUCAACCAGCCUACCUCUCAACAAUACAGCAUCCCCUCUCCAACUUGCAGACCCGUGAUUGUCAUUUAAUUUCCCUUUUCAUGUUAAUGUUGUUUUUCCGUCAGAUAUAAUGUUCCAUUCAUACACAUAUUAACUAAAUCCCCAUAGCAAAAACUUAACAGAAUGUUUAACUGCAGAAGAAAAGGGUACUAUUUAUGUUAAUUUUGGUUCUGACUUCACUUUCCAUCAGACCUAAAUUCUGAGCAUAAAAUUGCCAUUACUGGCUUCUAUUCAGAGACCUUAUUGUUGUGGGGACUCUGUGCAUUGUAAAAAUCUGAUUCCUCAAUUAAGAGUAUCCAGUCUGUGUUGCCAUUUAAGAAACACUCCACACACCUAAAGCAUUUUAACCUGUUGUGUGAAGACUGUGUCCUUUCAUUAAAAAAAAACCUUGUUACAUCCCUCUGGCUGUUAGUCAGACAACCAGUCCUGUUACUCCCUGGUUUGUUUACCUCGCGGCAGCUAAACUUAAGAGGUCGUGACUAAUAUUCCAAAAUAGAUAUUUCAUUAUCCAUAGAACAUUUUUUGUUGGUCAUUAGGUAAUUUUACUUUUCUCCAGUCUUGUAACACCAAACUAUUUCUUUUAGCUCCUUACUGGACAGAAAGCCACAGCUGAGCAUGCAGCAGCCCUGCUUGAGAAGCGUUUCAGCACAUCUGCCUCUAAAAGAGAGACCACAGUGCUGCUAGUAGAUGAGGUAAGGGGGAAAUCUUAUCUGAUACAUUGUGCUAGCCUAUUAACUAAUGGAACACAUGUCAAAACAACUUAAGCUCUGAGCCAGCUGAAUUUCCUGCAAACAUUUCUGCAUAUGUAUUUUUGGUUUGAAGGAUUUAGCCUAAAAUUGCAACCCUGUUGUCUAUAAAUCAUGUUUGAGUUUAUUCACUAAACAUUAAAUUGUAACCAGAAUUGCAAUACUCUGAAAUAUUCGGUUUUGGUCUGUAUCCUCUUGCUUUGCAUAAUAAUUUCUCCCCUUGCAGUUGGAUUUGUUGUGGACCAGGAAACAGAAUGUCAUGUACAGUUUGUUUGACUGGCCAACUCGAAAACAAGCCAAGCUAAUCGUUCUUGCAAUUGCCAACACCAUGGACCUACCAGAGAGGAUCAUGAUGAAUCGUGUCGCAAGCAGACUGGUAAGGAAUGAGAAUAUCUCCAUGGUUCUUGCCGUUUUUCUUUUUACGCUUUAAAUUUUAUUAUCUUGUUAAACCGUAUCUCCCAGUGACAUCUUUUUCUAUAUUAAGGGUCUCACCAGGAUGUCCUUCCAACCCUACACACACAAGCAACUGCAGCAGAUCAUCACGUCUCGACUUAAUCAUGUCAAAGCAUUUGAUGAUGAUGCAAUCCAGCUGGUUUCCCGAAAGGUUUGUAACUAUAUAAAAUUAUAUUGGAUAUCAUAAUUUCUCUUCCCCUCUGCUGUGCAAAAGCCUCUAUAAACUAAAUUAGAUGUAAAAUAAAUUAUAUAUGUAAACAAAAACUAGUGGGAUUCACUGGUUCAGCCUGUAAAAGAGCAAAAUUCAGUGACUAAUACAUGCCCUCACCAUAAGUGAGAGAAAGGCAGGAGUAAAUCGAGCAGACACUUUGGUAUUAAAAGAGUAUGUGCAGUUAAAGAGCCUGAUUAUGCUGCUCUGCUCAGUUACCUGACAAAUGGAAAGAGCCCGCUGUCAUUACGGUUUGCUGUAGAUGUAUAUUUUUUAGUUAAGCUAACUGUGCCCACAUUUUUCAUUUUAAUGACUUAGAAUGGAAAUCUUAUGAAUGAUUUAAUUUGGACAAUUAUGUGCCAUGAUUGCAGUGCUUGGUGGUAUUACCAGCUGUGCUUUCUUUCUAGGUGGCAGCGUUGUCUGGCGAUGCACGCCGCUGUCUGGAUAUCUGCCGCAGGGCCACCGAGAUCUGUGAGUUCUCCUGCAAGAAGUCAAUAGUAAGGAUGCCACAUGUGAUGGAAGCUCUGGAUGAAAUGUUUUCUUCACCAUAUGUCAUCGCAAUCCGGUAAAGACUAGUAACUUAUUACAAAACCACAAUGUGUGCAGUGCUUUUCUAACCUUGUGCUAGAUCACUGGAAAACCCUCAAUUACCAAGCUAAACAAAUAAAGCUAGUCUAAUUUGUCAUGGUUUAAACGUUUGUAUCAGAGAAUUAUUAUGGUAUGUUAAUAGUUAAGGUGAAAUGAUGGCUUCCCAGAUGUAUUUUUUUUUUUUUUUUUUUUUUUUUUUUUAAAUCCUGAAUUGGAGGUUUUCUUUCUCCCAGUUCAGAAAACUUGUUCUGCGUGUUGCUGUUCUGUCAGUUUGUGGUUAAAAAAGUAAAGUUUUUAAAUGUGUGUGCUUCUUUUAUUUGUUUAGAAUUCACAUAUCUGGUUUUCUAGGGAAUAUAUUUUUAUACAAUUUCAAAUUUUGAAAAAUACUGUUGUCGUUUUUAAUUCCUCACAGACUUUAUCUGCAAUUAUGGUUGGAAAAUAUUUAGAAAUAAAUAAUUUAAACCUAGUCUUUAAAUCCUGAAUUAUAAUGGUCUUAAGUAAACUGAUUCAAUCACAGGGAUUCUCUAAUAAAACAGUAGCUAUACCACUAGUAUGGUAAUUCAUAUUAUGUAUAUUUCUUCCUUGUAACUUUCAACAGAAGCUCGUCGGUCAUGGAACAAACAUUUCUCAGAGCUGUGAUUGCAGAGUUUCGAAGAUCUGGACUUGAGGAGGCCACAUUCCAAAAAGUAACUUUAUCUACCUUUAGCCUUAAAAUGUAUCCAUGUGCUUUAUACAUUGCUUAAUUCACAAGUAAAGUGAUUUGAUUCAGGUCUGCAACAAAUAAAUAUUGACUUGUGUGUAUACAUACAGGAAAUUCAAUUUGUGAUCUAAUGCUACUAGCCAGACCUUAAAAGUUACUUGCCAAGCAAUCAAUAGGAUACCCUACUAAGCUGAAUUUCUACUCGCCAAUGGCUGUCUAUAGAUCUCUUAGGUGGCCUCUUUUUUUUGUCCUACAGUACAUGAAUUGAGUAGCUUAACCGUUUUAAAAAUGGUUAAAAUUGUUAAUUUUCACAAUCAGUCUGUUAAAGGGAUACUUCAGGCUGUAGUUAACCUCCUUUAUUAAGAUUUAUUGAGGUAAAUUACCGUACUAAAAAUUUAGAGAUGCUUUCAAGUUUCCCAUUUGCUGCAAACCCCCAGGAUCUGCAGCUGCUAGAAAUUUGCCUGUUGUACUACAAGGUCUGAACAGCAAUUUUCAUGUAUCUUGUUACAAUUGACCAUCCCUUUGUUACCUUGAAGCUAAUGGCCGUGUUUUCUUGCAGGUAUAUUAUCAAAACAUUGCUCUGUGCCGCAUAGAAGGUAUGCAGCCACCUUCUAUGUCAGAAACGAUGGCCGUGUGCCUAAGGCUUGGGGCAUAUCGUCUCCUUCUGGUGGAGUCUAGCAGAAAUGACUUGCAUAUGAGAGUGAGGAUCAACGUGAGCCAAGAUGAUAUUAUGUAUGCCUUGAAAGAUGAGUGAUCUGCAAUGUUCUAAUGUCCUAGUCUUUUCUUCUAUCAACUGGUUUCAAUGCAAACAAACCUUGUAUAUACUACCCAACUCUACAAGAACUUUUAAGUAAUUUAUAAUAAAGUUUUCUCUGUAUUUUUAUAUGUUUGAUUGUUUCGGAAAUAGUUUUUUUUUUGUUUUUUUUUGUUUUUUAAAUGUAAAUCUUUGACAUUAUUCCAGACAGCCGUUAUUACAUUUCGUUUCCACCCAAUCUUUGAAACAAGAAUGAUAAAGAAAUAAAACAUGCCAAAUCCAGCUUUUAAUAAUUCAAAUCUGUAUAGUAUUUCAUAUCCUGCUAUUCAUGCUCACUUGCAUUUAUAGGACACAGCAAGGUAGCAUUUUCAAUGCACUAUAAUGCACUGAGUUACUAAUGCAAAAGUAUGUUUAAAAAAAAA